CCACGAGCAAACGAUACGAGCUCGCAAGUCAUCUUGCAGUGAUUCACCACAAUUAUCCCAUUGGGGGCGGGGAUGGUAGGCACUCUGAAAAUGGACCAAACUGUCCUACAAAACCUUUCAGCAUGCCUCUCUCACGACCCAAAUACUCGCAUGGCCGCCGAGUUGCGCGCAAAGGAAUUGCAACGAUUACAGCCUGAUUAUGCCCAGUAUCUCACGCAAAUUGCGGUGGGACCGAAUUUCCCUCCUUCCGAACGCCAGUUGGCCGCUGUCUCGUUGAAAAACUAUGUGGAUACCCAUUGGUCACGAAAAGCGGACGAUAAGUUUGUUGGACCUGAGCCCCCAACAGAGGUCAAGGCAGCUGUCAAGUCAAUGAUAUUACCAGGAAUAAAAGACUCGAAUAAGCGGAUACGAGUUUUGAUUGCGUAUGUCGUCUCCCGCAUCGCGCAUUUCGACUGGCCAGAGUCGUGGCCGGAUCUAUUUGACUCUCUUCUUGCGGAUAUUCGAGGCGGAAAUGCAGACCACGUUCAUGGCGCCAUGCGGGUGUUGGCUGAAUUCGUGAGGGAUGACUUGACAGAUCAGCAUUUUCCGUACUUUGCGCCGGCGUUACUUCCCGAAUUACAUCGGAUAUUUGGCACCGAGGAUUCAUACAGCCCUCGAGAUCGUGCAAGGGCACUCGGAAUGUUCAGGGACUUUGCGGAUAUCGCAUACAUGGUGUCCGACGAGCAUCCUGAAGUCAUCCGAAACUAUGUCGAACCUCUAUUACCGACAUGGAUGGAGUCUUUCAAAAAGACUCUGGCAAAUAUAAACACCACGCCAGAAUCACUCCCUGUAAAACAUGAGGUGUUACGGACCCUCUGUAAGCUUGUCAAACAGUUCCCCAAACCAAUGUCUCAGUAUACCCUUCAAUUCCUUGAACCCGUCUGGAAUCAUCUCGUAGCACUACAAACACAGUACAGAGACGAACGAGUUACUCCCGCCGAUGAGCUCCAUGAAACAGUCGAUGUUGAUUCGGAUGGGGAGGUUCUCGGAUUUGAAUCAUUGCUUUAUUCGCUGCUAGAAUAUGUGCAGUUGGUGGCAAGGAAGAAGGGUUUAAGGCACAUGUUUACCGUACCGAUAUCUGGGACACAAGGGCCGAAGCAGGCGGGGGAUUUCUUGAGACAUUUAAUUGGAGUGGUUCUGACGUAUUUGCAGAUCACAGCUGAAAUGGAAGAGACUUGGACGAAUGAUAUGAACCAGUUCAUUCAGGAUGAUGAGGAAGAGGCUAUGAGCUACAAUGUUCGGAUUGCCGUGGAGGAAUUAAUACUGGCUCUGGUAGAAUCGUUUCCAAUUGAGACACUUCAAGCGCUUUCUCAAGCGGUGCAGAGCCAGUUUCAGGAAUCGACAAAGACACGCGAGAAUGGAAAUAAAGCGUGGUGGAAAGUCCACGAAGCAUGCCUAUUGGCACUUGGACGUCUGAACGGAGAAUUGAUCGAUCACAUACGGAGUCAGCGUCUGACGUUUGAUCUGGAAGGCUUAUUCAAUCAUGUGGUUUUGAGCGACAUGAAAUGCAUUGAACAUCCCUUUUUGCAGGGACGUGCAUUGUGGUUUUCCAGCCAAUUUGCUGAGGUCCUACCAUCCCAUUUGGUGUCCCAGUACAUGGGAGCCGCGGUGGAAGCUUUGGGUCCCAAUAUCACCAGUGCAGCGGUGAAGGUAUCUGCGCUCAAAGCUCUGCGGGGAUUUUGUUUCCAGGUGGACGCAACACAGUUGGUACCGUUCCAGGCCCCAAUCAUUGAAGGGAUUCUGCAGUUGUCAGAGUCUGCUUCUGAGGAAGCCCUGGCAUUGUUGCUCGAGACUUUGGGAACAGUAGCCAAGGUGAAUGAAGAAGUUACUGCCCGGUACGAGAGCAUGAUUUCGAGGCUUGUGCUGAAUGUGUGGGUCCGGGGUGCCGAGGACUUCCUUUUGACGGAGAUUAUCGUGGAUCUUUUUAAUGUGCUGGCAGCAAACAAAUCCAUGGCGGUGCCGUUUCAAGAGCAUAUGGUCCCAGCUGUUCGCGAUGUCCUGCGGUUAGAAAAUGUGGAAAAGAUGCCUUGGGCGGUUGCUACUGCUUUAACCUUAAUGACGGCGCUGAUCAAGCACAUACCAGAACCCUUCCCACCUGUCUACACGAACCAAGUGUUCCCCGACUUGAUCCGAAUGUUAUUGGUCGUGGACGAUCAUAGCAUUCUACAAAAUGGCCAGGACACAGUGAAAGAACUCGUGCAAAGGGACGUGGCUGGCAUCGCGAGGUGGACAGAUGGGCAGAAAACCGGGCUGGAUUACGUGAUUCAGUUUAUUGCCAAACUGUUGCAUCCCUCGCAGUCGGAAUCGGCGUCUAUAUUUGUUGGGGAUUUGGUCACAAGAUUGAUUCAAAAGGGCGGAAAUGAGCUCACGCCGGUAUUGCCCGAGCUUUUGACGGCUGUUGCACGGCGCUUACAGGCAGCCAAGACGUCAUCCUUUAUACAGCAACUGGUGAUGGUCUUCGCCCAUCUCAUCCUGAACCACCCGGAAACCGUGAUCGACUUUCUCAGCCAACUCGACCUUAAUGGUAAAAACGGCCUAGAGCUGAUCAUUGAGCUGUGGUGUGAACAUUUUGGUGAUUUCCAGGGAUUUUAUAGUAUUAAAGUCAGUGCUUUGGCAAUGAGUAAGCUACUACUGAGUGGUGAUACGCGGCUACAGGCUUUGCAGGUCAAGGGUGACGAGAUUGUGGUGUCAAACAAGAUCAUUACGCGUUCCAUGACAAGACAACGUCCAGCGCAAUAUAGUGUCAUCCCGUUUCCAGCUAAAGCUAUCAAGCUCUUGCUUGUUGAGCUACAGCAUCAGACUGAGAGUCAGAUGGGAAGGGUAUCCCGACGGGGAAUUCCGGACGAUGAGGAGGAGACCACUGAGGGUGUGGAUUCUGACGAAGAUUGGGAGGAUGUGGAUCCCAUCCAGAGUGACGACUUUUUGGCUGAUUUGCUCAGUAAGGGCGGAGUCGUUGACGUGGAUGCAACCGACUAUGAGGGAGCCGAUGAAGAGCUUUGGAGUAAUCCCAUUUAUCAAAUGGAUUUAAAGGCGUACCUAGCCGAAUUCUUUCAAACCUCUGCAAGAGAAAACACGCACGGAUUUUUGCAACUCUGCGACCGGUUUCUGAACGAAGCGGAAAAGGAACGGUUGAGAGGAAUUGUAGGGUGAAAAUAUAUAAUUUUUUUUGUAUUUAUGUUCUUUAUUUUUUGAGAGAUGCUAUUGUGCAAUUGGGGAGAAUAGAUUUUAUGGCAAGUG